AUGCCGCGGUCGAAUUGGACUUCUAAUCCGAUAAAAGCCUUUACGAGCCUCUCGCUGCGCGAGAAUUGGGAGUUAGUUAUUCGAGAGAAGGUUGAAUUAGCCGUAGACCGUAUUCGGGCGGAUGCUUUGAAGGGUAAAGCCGAUAUUCUCAAGUGGUGGAUGCUCAUGACGACGGACGUUAUUGCCCACUUGUCUUUUGGCGAGUCUUUCAAGACACUAGAACUCGGCGAGAAAAGCUCCUACAUCCGCGCGUUGGAAAUGCUCUUCACAGCUUCAAUGUUUCGACGCGAAGUGCCCUGGCUAUUCUAUCUCGCCCAAUAUCUACCCUUUCAGUACCCCAAGGAGCUUGCAAACGCGGGGCACAUCAUCGGCGAAUAUGCUAGUAUGGCCACCAGCAGCCAAAAGGGCAAUGGGCAUUCUGUAAACCUAUUCAGUAACAUGCAAGCUGCGUGUGAUGAAAAAAUCGAGUACAGCCUGACUCCGGAAAAGUUGCAGUCAGAGGCGACGAACCUCAUCGUGGCAGGGUCCGAUACCACCUCUAUUACACUUACCUACCUAGUCUGGGUGGUGCUGAAGAGACCGACCCUCCGUCAAAAUCUCGAAGCGGAGCUUCACAACCUCAGAGACGACGAGAUCACCGACGCCGUUCUCGAGAAACUGCCGCUUCUCAACGCCGUCAUCGAAGAGACGUUGCGCGUGUACGGGGCGGUUGCAGGUAACCUACCUAGGUCUGUACCUCCGGGUGGUGUGACGCUGGGUGGAUUCUUCAUUCCUGGUGGCAUAGUUGUAGAGACGCAGGCGUACACGCUCCACCGUAACCCCAAUGUUUUUCCAGACCCUGAGAGAUUCGACGAGACUCGGUUUCUGACUGAGAGAUUGACGAAGGAGCAGAGGCGAUCAUUGUCUCCUUGGGGAGCUGGGACUCGGGUUUGUAUUGGAGCACAUUUGGCUCGCAUGGAGUUACGACUCGCUGUGGCAGUUUCUUUCCGCGAAUGUCGAGGCAUAAGACUAGCUGACGACAUGACCGAUGAUGUGAUGGACAUGCGCAAUGUUUGGCUGAUUAGUCCGGUUGGUCAUCGUUGCGAUGUCACACUCAAACAAAGGGAAGCUGCAUUCUUAUCUUAG